AUGUCCUAUCAACAGCAGCCGCCGCCUCCUCAAGGAUACCCCCAGCCGGCAUACGGUGGUUACCAGCAGCCACCACCGGGCCCGGGAUAUGACCCUUACGGCGGCCAGCAAGGCGGAUACCCCCAGGGUGGCUAUCCUCCCCAAGGCCAGUACGGCCCUCCCCAGGGGCAGAUGCAGUACAACAACCAAGGUCAGCCGCCACCACCAGAGCAGAAGAGCGAAAAGGGAUGUCUCAUGAGUUGUCUGGCCGUGAUGUGCUGUUGCUUCUUGUGCGAGGAGAGUUGUGAAUGCUGCAUGGAAUGCUGCGAUAUGUGCUGCUAAGCUCUACGAUCAAUGACAUCGACGAUACCUUUCUUCUUGCUGGCGUUGGAAUUUCUCGAUACGCCCCGCAGCGUUCUGGGACAGACUACUGCACUCUUUCAAUUGCAAUAAUUUAUUUUCGUCUCUGUUACAUUGCACUUUUGCUUUCUCUGGA